GUCGUUAACGGUGUAACAACGCAGCUCGUUUGCGGCACUUGGAGAGAGAGGCCCAUGUGGUGUGUUAAUGAGCGAGCCACAAACUUAAGCACUUCCAGAAACCUUUCGCUUGGUAAUUUUGGCACGUGAAUGUUCUUGUAGCCCAUUUUUCUAAGAUGUUGUUAAAAGCGGUGGACGGUGAUGAAACGGCUGUCUUUACAACCACUGCCGCCUCUGUGCAGAUCCAGGUGGAACCUGUGGGUCGAUGGUUCGAGGCCUACCUGAAGAGGAGGAACAGGACUGCAUCUGCCUCCUUCCAGGAGCUGGAGGAGGAACAGGAGUCCUCCGAGGAGUCAGAGGAUGAGGAGUUCCAGCUGGAGGAGUACCCGAUGCUCCGAACACUUGACCCCAAAGACUGGAAGAAUCAAGAUCACUACUCUGUCCUCGGGGUCCCACACUUGAGGUACAAAGCCACACAGAAGCAGAUCAAAGCUGCCCACAAAGCGAUCGUGUUGAAGCACCAUCCUGACAAGAGAAAAGCUGCAGGAGAGCAGAUCGUAGAGGGAGACAACGACUACUUCACCUGCAUCACUAAAGCUAUAGAAACCCUGUCGGACCCCGUGAAGAGGAGAGCCUUCGACAGUGUCGACCCCACCUUUGACAACGCCGUGCCUUCAAAGAACGAAGGCAAAGACAACUUUUGGGAGGUGUUUUCUCCCGUGUUCGAGAGAAAUGCCAGGUGGUCUUCCAAAAAGCACGUGCCCAAACUCGGAACAAUGGAAUCCUCCUUCGAAGACGUCGACAAUUUUUACUCUUUUUGGUACAACUUUGAUUCAUGGAGGGAGUUCUCAUACCUGGACGAAGAGGAGAAGGAAAAGGCUGAAUGUCGAGAUGAGAGGAGAUGGAUCGACAAGCAGAACCGAGCCUCCAGAGGUCAGAGGAAGAAGGAGGAGAUGAACAGAUUGCGAACACUAGUUGAUACCGCCUACAAUGGUGACCCUAGAAUAAAGAAAUUCAAAGAAGAAGAAAAGGCCAGGAAGGAGUCUGAGAAGAAGGCGAAAGUGGAAGCCAAGAAGAGGGAGCAGGAGGAGAAGGAGCGAGCCCGGCAGGCAGAGCUGGAUGCUGCUCGUUUGGCAAAGGAGAAGGAGGAAGAGGAGGCCAAGCAGGUUGCUCAGCAGGUCAAGAAAGAGAAGGAGAUCCAGAAGAAGGCUUUCAAGAAGGAGAGGCAGAAACUCAGGACCACCUGCAAGAACUGGAACUACUUUGCUGACAAUGAGGCUGAUAAUGUGAAAAUGAUGGAGGAAGUGGAGAAGCUCUGCGAUCGUCUGGAGCUGACCAGCCUGCAGUCCCUCAAUGACAUCCUGGCCUCAGGCUCAAAAGAGGACAGCAAGGUAGUCGUGGAGAAGCAGGUGCAGGAGGUGAACGCCCAGCUGCAGAGGGAGAAGGAGGCCGAGGUCCAGAUGAGGCAGGCGGCCCGCAGUGCUGAGCAGGCCAGCGGGGCAGGAGGAGCGGGGGGGAAGGGCUGGAACGAGGAGGACCUCCAGCUGCUCAUCAAAGCGGUCAACCUGUUCCCCGCUGGGACCAAUGCCAGAUGGGAAGUUAUUGCCAACUAUAUGAACCUCCACUCCACCAGUGGCAUGAAGAGGACCGCCAAAGAUGUCAUCAACAAAGCCAAGAAUCUACAGCGGCUAGAUCCAGUGCAGAAAGAUGAGAUCAACCGAAAAGCCUUCGAGAAGUUCAAGAAGGAACAUUCUUGUGUUGCACCCACCAUAGACAAUGCUGUUCCCUCAGAGAGAUUUGAUGGCUCUGGUAGUGAUGGGAACGCUGCCUCCUGGAACACUGAGGAACAGAAGCUUCUGGAACAAGCCCUGAAAACGUUCCCAGUCAGCACAGCGGAGAGGUGGGAGAAGAUUGCUGCUGCAGUCCCAGGACGGAGUAAGAAAGACUGUAUGAAGAGGUACAAGGAACUGGUGGAGAUGGUUAAAGCCAAGAAAGCAGCACAGGGAGUUGGAGGAAAGAGUAAAAAAUGACAAGAACCUCAAAGAAUAGUAUUCGUGUUAUUUUAACAUUAUUGUGUUCUUUAUUUUAUAAUAAAAAUUAAAGGAGGAAAAAUACUACAAACGGUCAUUCAAUUUGUUUAUUUCUGUACAGUGAGUCAUUUAUCCUCGCUGCUGGUUUGUUCAUGUUCUCAUCCAGAACAUUCCACUACGGAUCUGGUUGUAGUCUGGCAGCUGUUCAAUUGGACCUGAGAAGAAAAGUUGAGGAAUCUACAGUUUUACAUCUCUGUAACACUGUUCGCAUUCAAAGUGAGUGCCGCAAUAUUACAGUAAAUCUAAUUAGGACAAAUGGCAACAGACAUACCAACUGCUGCGAUGGCAGGAGCCUUGUUGUAGAUAUAUUUGGUACACACGUCCUUAAUGGUCGUAGCAUCAAUGGCCUGAGGCAGGAAGAAAAAAAAUGUACAAUUUUAAAUACAGCGCUGGAUUGUGCUUUUCUUUCACAAUUUCCCAUGAAUCAUGUCAUAGGCCAUAACAUCUAACAGUUAAGAAACAAGGUGAUUCAAUAUCCCUCAGCCUCUUAAUCUGACAUGAUUUCAGAAGCCUAAUAUUUGGAAACAUUACAAGUUGUCUCAUUGAACGCCCUUAAAUUAGAGCCUCUGUAUGUUCCCAAGUGUAUCCACUCACAUCAAUUCUGGCCUCCAGCUCAUGCAGAGGGAUCCUACGACUGUAGCACAGCAUCUGUCUGCCGAUGUCCUCGCAGAUCGGAGUGGAUCCUGGAGUCAAUAAAUGUGUUUAUGGCAUAAAACCUUUGCCUGCACACGACAGAUCUCAAACUAGAAUUACCACCUUGCAGUUGCAUCCAUGUCUUUCCAAAAUGUAAUUUCUAUCGUUUGUGUGGAGUCGUCUUAAUUAGGAUAUUAAUUCAUGAGUUAUGGACAAAAUGGUGUUUUGUCACAGUGACCUUUGUUCAUCAUUGAGUCCAAGUGGAUGUUUGUUUACCAUCCAGAUGCAGGAGCAUGUUGGUCUUGAGCAGGUUUUUGGCCCGUGCCACCUCGCUCUCCGUCACACUCGUGCAAAGAGACAUCCUAACAGGGAGCAACAAGAUUCAUCCUGUUUUAUAUUUAGACCCGCGAGUAAACAGCAGCUACACAAACUAAGUGUUCAAAAAGGUACCAUUACUGUAUAUCUGUGUACUCACCAUUCCAUCUGAGUGAAAUGCAUCAUGUCGUCGAUGGUGCCGGGCUCACACACCAUGUAGAGCCCCCACAGGCCUGUAUCUGUGUAGCAGGUGUUGAAGGACUGGAAGCUGUGGCACAGAUUCCCCUGACAGGCCAUCUGAGCCAGUUUACUGGACAGAUUCUGGGUUCACAACGGACACAAGCAGGUGGGAAGCCCAACCACAUACGGGACACACCGUCAGAAGCAAACCGGUGUGGCAGGUUUUAUAGUUAAGUGUGACCAACACAAUGAUACAGAGGACUUCAUGAUGUCAUCUGUUGAGUGGGACAGACUGUAAAUAUGAUGGGACAACACCAAAAAAUAUUUUUGUACUCUGAUUUGGAAGUCUUCAGGCUCUUUCCUCAAGAUGAGGUCAUUUCAAAUGAUUUACUUGUUUUUGUCAAAACAGCUUCAAUAACUAAAUAAAAUGUUAAUGAAUAAAUAUCCUCUGAUU